AUGACGACAAAACUGAAUUUCUCAUUUGAUUGGCACACCACAACAGCUGGAAAAGGUCGACAGCACGAGUAUCCACGUGGGUAAUUCUGAGGAAUCUCGGUUCAUGGUUUGACUCUAGGCUGUCCAAGUCGAAGCAUAUUACAAGAUCUGCGGGUUCUUCAUUUUUCUAUUUGUACAACAUACGACGCAUCAGGAAUUAUCUCUCACAAACACCUGGUAGACUUCUUAGAUCCUCCAAUCAAUUUUUACUUUCUACAUCUAAAUUUAAUCUUAAAACUUAUGGUGGCCGGUCUUUUACUAUUGCUGCACCUUCUGUUUGGAAUGCACUUCCAUUCGAACUUAGAUCUUGUAAUUCCCUUUCUUCUUUUAAAUCUAAGCUCAAGACUUGGCUUUUUAAAAUUGGUUAUGAUGUUGUCGUAUAGAAUGAUGGUGUUUUUAUAGGAUGACAAUGUAGUUUUGUUGUUUUGUAGGUUUAGGAUUUUGUUGUUAUUGUUAUUAUGUAAAGCGCUUUUGGACCAUUGGGAAUUUUUAUAGAAUGACAAUGUAGUUUUGUAGGUUUAGGAUUUUGUUGUUAUUUUUAUUAUGUAAAGCGCUUUUGGACCAUUGGGAAUUAGCGCUCUAUAAAUACUGUAUAUUAUUAUUAUUAUAUUAUUAAACGUAUACCGAGACACUUAUUCAUGCAUUCGUAUCCAGUCAUAUUGACUACUGCAACAGCCUAUUAUAUGGCUGUCUGUCCUCACUAAAUAAGCUACAACGUACAGAAUGCUUGUGCAAGACUGA